AUGGCGUUGGAAGCAGCAACCAUCAUUCUCCUUUCUCUGGUAGUGGUAACUCUUUUGCUAUUCGCAGACUACGUGAGGACUAACAAUGCCAAGGCACCGCAUCCUCCCUCGUGGCCAAUAAUUGGGCAUCUGCAUCUGCUCAGAAAGAAGAAGCCCAUUCACCGGAUUCUGGCCUCAGUUUCGCAAAGCUAUGGACCCAUCCUGCAUCUUCAACUUGGCUUCCGCCCUGUUCUGGUCGUUUCCUCUUCAGAGCUCGCAAAAGAAUGCUUUACAGCAAAUGACAAAGCCUUGACUUCACGCCCACGGACGGCUGCAGCCAAGCAUUUGGGAUACGACUACAAAAUGUUUACGGGGCUACCCUACGAUUCAUACUUCCGAAACCUUCGGAAGAUUUGCACCGUCGAGCUCUUCUCUGCCCGAAGAAUCGAUUCCUAA